AUGUUCGCCCGUGCAGCUCUGCUUCUGGCCUUUGCGCUGAAGCCAGCAUCAGGUGACUGCCCAUCCUGGGGGAAGCCCUUUCCAAGCAACUUAGCAGGGUCGGGCAAGAUCAGCUUCGCCAGCUUGUACGACGUGACCUACUACGACCAGUACAAGGUGGUCGAGUACUCUGACACGCUGUCGCUUUACAAUGCUAUUCAUUCGGAAGCGUCGCUGCAGGGCACGAGGAUUCCUCCCAUGGUUCUCUACCAGUGCGGCACCACGAAGCCUACGACGGACAUGCCCGGCGUGCCGUCGAACGCCCGCUUCUUCGAGAUUCCAGUGAAGAACGUAACCGUCGGAUGGGGUGGCCCGCUGGCCUUCAUUGAGUUGCUUGGGGUAUCGCAGUCGAUCGACAUGGUUGACAUACGCUCAAUCUCUUCCCCCUGCAUGCAGCUGUUGGAGGUCUGCUAUCCGGAAACCCACAUUACAACAAGUCUUCCGGAUUGGUCGGCCAACCCCGAGUGGAAGACCAGGGCAAGCCGCACAGACCUGGUAUUCACAGACAGCUGGGGUACAGGUUUUGGCGGCGACGCCACCAAGGACGUCCCCUUCGAGAUCUCCUUCGACCCCGGCAGCCUUAGCCGUGCCGAAUGGAUCAAGUUCAUGGCCCUCUUCUACAACGAGGAAGCGCAGGCUGAUCACAUCUUCGAGCAGAUCAAGGCGGACUACAAUGCGCUGAAAGCCAUCGGGGACCAGCUCCGCACCGACGCCAGCACCGAGUACAACGGGGCGCAGCCGAAGGUGAUGUUCGUGGGCCAGCGGGGAGGCUCCAACGCCGUCACCAACGCCGUCUACAAGACCCAGCUCAUCACCGACGCGGGUGCCCAAGUGGUUCCGUUGCCGACCGUGGCCCCGGCGGGGUGCAGCUUCACCGACAACACAGACGGCGCGAGGAUGAUGAAUUGCGAAAUCCCGGCUGGUGAUGCAGCCUUCACAGCCGUCCUUGCCGAAGCGGAUGUCAUCAUCGACGAGUCCUCCUUGUGGCCGGACUAUGACCCCGCGAAAUACCGAGGUUUUGGCACGAUCUACAACGUCACGGCCGACCAGGUUCCGGCUCUGGCCCGCAACCCGCCGAACAUCUUCCGCCUUGAUGGGCAGGUCAGCGACGCAUUCGGGGAUGGGAACACUGUUGGUUCGAGUUGGUUUGACAUCCAGCAGUCAGAGCCGCAGCAGACCCUGGCGGGCCUGAUGGAGGCCAUCUGGGACAGGGACUUCACCAGCACCUGCGGGCAGAAGUACCUGUGGCGUGUGUCUGACCUCAGCGCCCAGAACGUAGUUGGGCAUCAGAACUGCCCUCUCUACAGCGCACAGGGCCAAAACGACUGCCAGUCUCUGCACGACCGCCUCCACAUCCCUCCUAUGUGCAGCCCGGGGAAUGUGUUCCAAACUAUGACGACGACGACGGUUCAAUCGCAGGAGGCGAGUGCCGCGUGCGGAAUGGGGGGUGUGCUUUCUCUGGCUGCAUUUGUAUUCGCGGCCUUCUGA